AUGCAGGCCCCGGCGGGCCGCGAGGCUGAGCCCGAAGACGGGGCGGACCGCACCCCGCUGCUGGGCGAGUCCCAGCCCGGCACAGUGCCUACAUGCUGCUCCGCUCGCUACAAUUUAGCAUUACUGGCCUUUUUUGGAUUCUUCCUGUUGUAUGCGUUACGUGUGAAUCUAAGUGUUGCUCUUGUAGACAUGGUAGAACCUAAUACAAGUUUAGCAAAGAAUACAACUUCCAAAGUGUGUCCAGAACAUUCUUCAGCCCUAAACAUACCUCGGAAUACAACGGGGAAAAAGUAUUCUUGGGAUGCGGAUACUCAAGGAUGGAUCCUUGGUUCCUUUUUCUACGGCUACAUCAUUACUCAGAUUCCUGGUGGAUAUUUUGCACGUAAAAUAGGAGGGAAACUGUUGCUGGGGUUUGGCAUCCUGGGUACCGCUGUCUUCACUCUGUUUACCCCCUUAGCAGCAGACUUGGGGGUUGGAUACCUCAUAGCAGUCAGAGCCUUGGAGGGGCUCGGAGAGGGUGUCACCUUUCCUGCUAUGCAUGCCAUGUGGUCGUCUUGGGCUCCACCACUGGAACGCAGCAAGCUCCUUAGCAUUUCGUAUGCAGGUGCACAGUUAGGAACAGUUGUGUCUCUUCCAUUGUCUGGAUUAAUUUGCUACUACGUGAACUGGAUUUAUGUAUUCUACAUAUUUGGUGCACUUGGAGUAUUCUGGUUCCUCUUCUGGAUCUGGUUGGUGAGUGAUACUCCGGAAACUCACAGAAGAAUCUCUCCCAUUGAAAGGGAAUAUAUUCUUUCUUCCCUCAAAGAUCAGCUUUCUACUCAGAAGUCUGUACCAUGGGAACCCAUGCUGAAAUCCCUUCCACUCUGGGCUAUUGUAGUGGCACACUUUUCUUAUAACUGGACUUUCUACACUCUUCUCACACUAUUGCCUACGUACAUGGAGGAGAUCUUGCGGUUUGAUGCACAAGAGAAUGGAUUUUUAUCUGCACUGCCUUAUUUUGGGUGUUGGCUGUGUAUAAUCAUGUCUGGUCAAAUUGCUGAUUACUUAAGGGAAAAACAGAACUUGUCCACUGUCUGCGUGCGCAAAACAUUUACCCUAAUAGGAAUGAUUGGACCUGCAGUAUUUUUAGUAGCAGCUGGAUUCAUAGGCUGUGACUACACAUUGGCUGUUGCAUUCCUAACCAUAUCAACAACACUAGGAGGCUUUUGUACAUCUGGCUUUGGCAUCAACCACCUGGACAUAGCACCGUCGUAUGCUGGGAUCCUGCUCGGAAUCACCAAUUCAUUUGCCACUAUCCCAGGAAUGGUGGGGCCAGUCAUUGCGAAAAGCCUGACUCAUCAUAAUACUGUGGGAGAGUGGCAGACUGUUUUCUAUAUUGCUGCUUCUAUUAACUUAUUUGGAGCAAUUUUCUUUGCAUUAUUUGGCAGUGGAGAAGUGCAGGACUGGGCAGUCAAUGGCCGCCACUUGCAUAGAAACUGA